GAAGAGCCUAUGUGACCUGGGCUAAGCGGAAGUUGGAUCUCUUUUUCGUGGCGCCUCGGAGGCUGUCGGCCGCUUCAGAAUGAAGCUGAACAUCUCUUUCCCGGCCACUGGCUGCCAGAAGCUCAUUGAAGUGGACGAUGAACGAAAACUUCGUACCUUCUACGAGAAGCGUAUGGCCACAGAAGUUGCUGCUGACGCUCUGGGUGAAGAAUGGAAGGGUUAUGUGGUCCGAAUCAGUGGCGGGAACGACAAGCAGGGUUUCCCCAUGAAGCAGGGUGUCUUGACCCAUGGCCGAGUUCGCCUGCUUCUGAGUAAGGGGCAUUCCUGUUACAGACCAAGGAGGACUGGAGAGAGAAAGCGCAAAUCUGUGCGGGGUUGCAUUGUGGAUGCCAAUCUGAGUGUUCUCAAUUUGGUCAUCGUGAAGAAAGGGGAGAAGGAUAUUCCUGGACUCACUGAUACUACAGUGCCUCGUCGCCUGGGUCCCAAAAGAGCUAGCAGAAUCCGCAAACUGUUCAAUCUCUCUAAAGAAGAUGAUGUCCGCCAAUAUGUUGUGCGAAAGCCCCUAAACAAAGACGGUAAGAAACCUAGGACUAAAGCACCCAAGAUUCAGCGUCUCGUGACUCCCCGAGUUCUGCAACACAAACGCCGGCGUAUUGCUCUGAAGAAACAGCGUACUAAGAAAAACAAAGAAGAGGCUGCAGAAUAUGCUAAACUUUUGGCCAAGAGAAUGAAGGAGGCCAAAGAAAAACGGCAGGAGCAGAUCGCCAAGAGACGGAGGCUGUCCUCCCUGAGAGCUUCUACUUCGAAGUCUGAGUCCAGUCAAAAAUGAGGUGUUCUGAGAGUGACAAAUAAAGCAGACCAGACACCAGCUCUCCCUUCUUGACUUUUAAUUGAUGAUC